AUGGCCAUCGACGAUCAAACGGAUGAUUUAAACCAGCAGUUGAAACAACUGUGCGAAAAUAUGCAAACUCUGGAGCAAAUGUCUGCGACGUUUUCAGAUUUUUAUUUUGACCUCAUGGACUUACCUGACGACAGUGAGAACGUCAUGAACAAAUUGGAUGCCAAUGUGACUUGUUCCGUUGCCAACGCUUCUCUUUAUGGAUUGUAUCUUACGCUAAAAGGUACCGAACUGGGAGAUCAUCCUAUCAAGGAUGAGCUUGGCCGUGUGCGGAAGUAUUAUCAAGAGCUGGAGCUCUUAAAAAAGUCUGCUCCAAAGUUGAAUCUAAAAGCUGCCCAAAACUUUAUUCGCAAUGCUCUAUGGGAUCCAACAAAUGACCCACCUCCAGAAAACAUACGGCCAAAGACCGAGUCGCUUGCACAGCAGCAACACCAGUAUCAACAAAAGAGCAACUACUACAAUAACAAUAGAAGCGGUACCAGCAAAGCUGCAUAUAACAACAAACGGAAACGUCGGUAG